AUGUUGCCACUGCUGACUCUCUCCGUGGUUGAUGAUGGUAAAAGACUUGCUCUCACCCGCAAGCUUGUGUUGUUGGUCAUGUUCUGUCUUGCUCAGUUCUUGGAUGCAUUCAGUAUCUCAGCUCUCUUUUCUGCUAUCCCUUCUCUCGAGCUAUCCAUGAAUAUGACUGCAAGUCAAUCUACGUGGAUGUUUAGCGCGUCCCAGUUGACUUUUGCGUCAUUCCUGCUUAUCAGCGGCCGUAUCAGCGACGUAUAUAAUCCAAAAACUGUGUUCAUCGGAGGAGUGUCCGGUCUUGGUGUCACUUCGUUGUGCGCCGGAUUUGUUGAUGACAAAAUUCCGAUCAUCAUUCUCAGGGCACUGGCUGGAAUAGCCUCUUCAAUGACAGUCCCCUCUGCCUUAACACUUCUCGUCAAGGUAUUUCCCGAUCCGCUAGAACAAGCAAGGGCAAUAGGCCUAUUCGGAGGCUGCGGUGCGGUCGCUAACAUUGGCGGUCUCCUGAUUGGUGCAAUGCUCGUUGAAUGGGUGUCUUUCCAUUGGGUUUUCUGGUUUGUAGCCUGUAUGGCUUUGCCAGUUGCUCUGGCUUGUGUGUACAUCAUACCAUCACAACUUGCAGUCACUGUAGACACAUUUGAACCUGGAGAGGCGAAAUGGAAAAGUCUUGAUGUAGUCGGCGUAAGCAUUCUAACCGUUGCAGUCAUCUUAUUCAUCUUUUCUGUGACGUCUGGUUCCAUUGAUGGUUGGGCAUCCCCAUCAGUAAUAAUCCCCCUGAUCAUAUCAACUUUAAUGGUGGUUGGAUUUUUUUACUGGGAAACGUUCAUUCCUGUGGACAAGGCCGCAAUACCACCCCGGACAUGGUUCUACAACAAUUUCUCCGUUCUGUUCACCAUCUCACUGUUGCCAAUAUUUUGGUGGAACGCGGUGUUGAUCAUUUUUACCACCUUGUGGCAAAAUAUAUUUCACUGGUCGGUAAUAUUGUCGGCCGUACACAUGUUGCCAAUAGCCUUCUUUGCCUUCGUUGCGAGUUUCACAGGAUCACUUUCUCGCAUCUUCAGUCCCAAGUGGAUUAUUCUCACUGGUCUGUCUUUGUCUAUGGCCGGUACCAUUUUGCUGGCAGUCGGUGGAGGGCGGCCCGAGAAUUAUUGGCCAUAUGUUUUCCCAGGUUUUGCACUAGGAUCCGUAGGGGCCAUGCUGACGUACACACACACGAACAUUGCUAUUUUCCAAGCUGUGCCUUCAUCCAUGGCCGGCACAGUUGGUGCCAUCUUUAACGGCGCACUUUCUUUUGGAUCCGCAAUUGGCCUCGCUGCUAUCAGCUCAAUAGAGACGUCCGUGGAGGUCACCCAUGGGGGUUCGCAUGAGUACGCCGGACGAGCUGCCGCAUUUUGGUUUCUCUUUGGGAUUGUCGCUCUUGAAGCUAUUUCAGUGUCAAUUUUUUACGACCGCAGUACGGACCACAAACCCCAACCUCAACACCGCAGCUCCUUGUCCGACACGACGCUUACCAGUGCGAACGUAAUGACCAUGACUACAGUAAACCAAUAA